AUGUAUCGUUGUUGGGAGAGGAGAGGCGGGACAAAGCGGAGGCACCUCCAAGGCUCCAAGGCACCACCACUCCACGCACGCCAACGCCACUCUCUCGGGCGCAACAGAACAAAUCGACCGAGCAAGAGACAAUGGCCCCGCACGGCGGCGCCGGCCGCAGGCUACAGGGCGGACGGAGUGUACCGCUCCCCGCGCCCGGCCGUGCGCAUCGAGUCCGACCCGGGCCUCUCCCUCAACGACCUCCUCUUCCGCCGCGCCGACGCGUGCCCCUCCGCUCUCGCGCUGGUCGACUCCGCCACCGGCCAAUCCUUCACCUUCGCCGCUUUUCGCUCCGCCGUCCUCACCACGGCCGUCGCGCUCUCCUCGCGCGCGGGCGUCCGACGCAACGACGUCAUCCUCUUCUUCGCCCACAACUGCUUCCUCUACCCCGUCUGCUUCUUCGCCGUCACCGCCCUCGGCGCCGUCGCUACCACGGCCAGCCCCUCUAUACCCCCCAGGGAGGUCGCCAAGCAGGUCACCGACUCGCGCGCCAAGCUCGCAAUCACAGUCUCCGAACUCCUUCCCAAAAUCGUGGAGCUCAGCCUCCCCACCAUCCUGCUCGACGUCGACGGCGGCGCGGCCAGUGCCACCACCUCCAAGCCUCAGGGGCGCCAGCGUCACGCUCUACUCAGACCUCAUUUCUGGGGCGCGGGAGACGGAGUACCGCCGCCCGCCGACGAAGCAGAGAUACGGCCGCGCUGCUAUACUCGUCCGGCACGACAGGGGGCGAGCAAGGGCGUAAUCCUGACGCACCGCAACUUCAUCUCGGCGGCGGCCAUGAUUACAGCGGACCAGGACGCGCUCGGAGAGGGGCCCAACGUCUACCUCUGCUUCCUGCCCAUGUUCCACAUCUUCGGCUUGUCCGUCAUCACGUUCGCGCAGAUGCAGCGUGGCAACUCCGUCGUCGUGAUGUCGCGGUUUGACAUGGACUCUGUCAUGGCCGCCGUGCAGCGGCACCGUGUCACUCACCUCUUCUGCGUGCCGCCGGUCAUGAUAGCGCUCGCCAAGCUCGGGAGUGUCGGGAAAUACGACCUCAGCUCGCUCAGGUUCAUCGGCUCUGGCGCGGCGCCGCUUGGCAAGGACGUGAUGGAGGCGUGGCCAAGAACUUUCAAGAAGCCGUGA